AUGGAACCUAUUCUCAGUCAAGCUUAUGGCUACGGGUUUUCUGUGGGCCUUGGUGCAGCAUUUGCCCUUUUGAUGUCUGUGAUUACCAGAGUGCUCUCUUCAUAUCUUGGACAGGUGCAAAACUCUGAGCGGUUUUCCACAGCUUCCAGAAACGUCAAGUCGGGUUUGAUUGCAUCCAGUACUGUAUCUGCCUGGACCUGGCCUGCCACACUCCUUUCAUCAGGUGCCUGGAGCUAUUCGCAUGGCAUUAGUGGCGGAUUUUUGUAUGGUGUUGGUGGAACAAUACAAGUGACAUUAUUUUUGUUCUUGGCCAUCCAGAUCAAGCGAAAGGCCCCUUCAGCUCAUACUGUGUCCGAAUGUUUUUCUAUCCGCUUUGGAAAGACAGGCCAUUGGAUGUUUUUAGCUUACUGUGUUGCAACCAACGUUUUAAUUUCGUCUUUGCUUCUCUUGGGCGGGUCCCAAGGGUUCUCUGCUGCCACUGGAAUGCAUACCGUUGCUGCUUCCUUUCUUUUGCCUUUGGGUGUUGUGGUGUACACUGCUUUGGGUGGCUUGAAAGCCACGUUUGUGUCAGAUUGGAUCCACACUGUCAUUAUCUACGGAAUGCUUCUUGCCACAGCGUACAAAGUGUACUGUUCUUCGCCACUAAUUGGGUCUCCUGCAAAAAUGUACGACCUCUUGGUGAAAGCUCAGAGCCUUUUUCCAUCGGAAACUGGAAGCAGUUAUCUUUCCUUCAAAGAUAAAGAUAUGAUGUUUUUAACCUGGACGGUGACCAUUGGUGGGCUUAGUUCCGUUUUCGGCGAUCCAGGCUACUCACAGAGAGCGAUUGCAGCAGACCCUUCUAAUGCUUUCGCUGGCUACUUGAUGGGAGGAAUUUGCUGGUGGGUCAUUCCGUUUUCCUUGGGCUCUUCAGCUGGUUUGGCAUGUCGAGCAUUGUUGGACAAUCCUGCUUCUGUCACUUAUCCCAAUCCACUAACCCCACAUGAGGUUGAUGCUGGCUUACCAGUGAUCUAUGGAAUGGCUGCUGUUUUUGGUAAAAGUGGUGCUGCUGCUGGAUUAGUGAUGCUUUUCAUGUCCGUGACCUCGGCAACUUCAGCUGAACUUAUUGCUUUCUCUUCCAUCACCACAUACGACGUUUACAGGACGUAUAUCAAUCCAGAAGCCAGCGGAAAAAAGUUGGUACGAGCGGCGCAUGUUUCUGUUGUGACCUUUGGAAUUUUUAUGGCUAUCUUAUCUGUUGUCUUUAACUACAUUGGAGUCACUGUGAGCUGGCUUUUAAGUUUCUUGGGCAUCAUCCUUUCGCCUGAAGUUACAGCAGUGACUUUGACGUUAUUUUGGGGCAAGAUGACCAAACUCUCAUUGAUCGUUGCUUGUCCCUUGGGAACUUUGACCGGAGUCGCCUGCUGGAUGGGUGCUACAUAUCAUUUUGCAGAUGGUGUCAUUAACAGAGACACUGUGAUGACAGCUCAAGCAACUUUUGUUGGUAACAUCACUUCAUUAUUGUCCACGCCGAUAUACAUUGCAAUAAUUUCCUACCUCAAGCCUGAAGGGCUGUUUGAUUUGAACCUUUUAAACGACGAGAUCAAAAUGGGUGAUGAUAUCGACACUGAGGAAAAACAGGCUCUUAUCAAAAGUCCGCUGGUGGAGAGAACCUUAAGGAUCCAACUGUGGUCAAGUUUAUUCAUCAACUUGUUCAUUGUGCUCGGGGCGUAUGUGAUUAUUCCCACGGCACUUUACGGCAGUAAUCAUGAUCUCAGCAAAAGCUCCUUUGUGGGAUUGAUUGUCGUGAUGUUGAUUUGGCUUGUCUUAGCUGCGGUAUACAUUGUUGCCACUCCUUUGUGGCAAGGAAGACACUCGAUCAUUCAAAUCGUUCGUGCACUUUGUGGAAAAGAAACUUCAGCUUUGGCCAGUGUUUCGCAUCUGAGCCAGGAAAGUAGCGUCGAGGAGGUCACUGAUGUGUUUCAAAUUAAGAAGUAA